AUGACGCAAUGGAAGUGGCAAACUGCCUCGUGCUUGAGGAGUACAGAACCGAUUCCGGAGAAGUUCGGGAAAUGUUGCCGGGUGGCCAUAUCACCUUUAAUAUGGCGGAUACCAAUCCUAGUCUGGGCGAUGUCGAUAUUAUCGUGGUCCGUGGCAUUCUUCUGGGGACCUCUAGGAAUGUUUUUCUUGUACAUGACACAUUGGGGCCUAUUAUUAAUAGUGAUAGAGUCCGUAUUUGGCAUCAUCGUUACUGUUAAGAAAUCCCGUACAAAUUACAUGGAUGCCACAUUCGGGCUACCAUGGUACGUCAAGACUUAUUGGGUGUUGUACAACGUCACAAUUCCCGUGGCAUUCCUCAUAACUGUUUUCUACUGGGGUAUUUUGAAGACCUCUGGUAAGAUGGAAAAGUACGCGCCCAAUCCAGUCUUAGACGUAAUGCUACACGGAGGUAACUCGGUAGCGAUGCUAGUGGAACUGCUCCUGUCUGCGCAUCCCAGUAGGCUGAUGCACAUUUUCCAGCCGCUUCUCUUCGCCCUCGCCUACCUCCUGUUCACAGUAGUCUACUACUUCGCAGGAGGACAUGACCCAUGGGGUAACGCCUUCAUCUACCCGGUGAUUGACUGGUCAAAGCCGCAGCAGACUGCGGUAGUGGUAACAUUAACGGCACUGUUCCUGGCGCUCAUGCAUCUGGUAGUUGUUGCCGUGGCGGCUACAAGAGACGCUAUCUCCCGUCGCUUCAGAAACACUACUGGUAUAUACAACGAUGGCUUCGGAGAUGAAUCAUGA